AUUGAACCACUCAACCCGAGGUAGCCGAGCACCACCCAUACAUUAACAGAGUUAAACCACGACCCAUUUGUGCCAAGGGGAAGAUGACAAGUGGGUGAAAGUCAUUUCCAAAUCCACUACACACACACUCACCCAACCACAGCCAGCAGCCUCUUCUUCUUGUAAAACAUUUUCUUCAUUUGCUCGCUCUCAAUCCGAGAGUUAGCUCUUGAGCCGAAAUAUUAGAAUUUUAACAAGAAACCACGAUUGAGCGACUUUGUUGCAUUUCCGUGUAGUCGCUUCUUUCUUAAAUCAAGAUUUCCUGAUGCGAAUACUGGAGAAAAUGUUGGACGAAUCGAGCGAUUUCUACCUGAGUGAUUCUUCAUCAACAACAUCCUCAACAGCGACAAUGCAUACGAACAAUACGAGUGGAGAUGAGCCAGAUAACAGCAGUCAGCAUCAUCUAUACAGCUUGAUAACCUUACACCCCACCACAGUCGAAAGCAUAUCCCCCCAUCAUCAAAAUCACCUCAUUACCACCGACAUCCAAAUACUUGGCGCAGGACUCACCCACCACCAGAAUCCGCAUCCGCAAAAUCAUCUCACCAACAACGACACUACCGGAAGCAACAGCAAUGACCAUAAUCCAAGCAGUAGGCCCAACCUUACGACGUUAACACCAGCUCAUGUCAAUAACCUCAAAGAUGAGAGCAGCAGAUGCCCCAAUGGCACUAAUCCGAAUGAGAACAAUAAUAGUCAGAUCUCAGUGGACGUGAUUGGGAGCAGUAGUGGUGGGGCUACCACACCCCCCGGCGGACAAGACACCAUGCUUCUGGCGGAGACUGUAAGUGUGACGAAUGGGCGACUGGUGGAUAAUCCCAAUGGCGAGGUGACAACGACUGGUGACGUUACGGACGCUACAAGGAAAAAGAAUCCGGUGGGAAGGAGGAAGUUGAAUUUGAGUCAAAGAGAGAAGACACUGCGACGACUGGAGAGCAAUGAGAGAGAAAGAUUAAGAAUGCACUCGCUUAAUCAAGCCUUUUCGUCUCUUCGUGAGGUGAUCCCUCAUGUGGCAACUAAAGGCCGUAGGCUGUCCAAAUUAGAAACCUUAACGUUGGCCAAAAACUACAUCGUUGCUCUCACGGGAAUGGUGGUUCGUGACGAGAAGGAGAGCGAGGGGUCGGACGUGGUGGGGAAUGAAAGUCCGGUCAGCAAGGACUGCCUCCUUCAGGUCACCACCGGCGACGACACGGACGACUUCACCUUCGACCUCGACAUUGCCGACCAUCAAGACUCGCUCGGAUUUUAUGAUGAAUAAACACCACAAUCAUGUGUAAGAAGCAUGCUGUUCUGUAGAUUUAAAUAUAUAAAAGUCAGUGUAAUACAUAUACAAAUUGCAGCAUGAUUAUAAAUGCCACUAAAAUUAAAUGUAGAAUAUAUAUCUGCCAAACAUGUUAAGUUAUAUAAGCUCCAAAUACUUAUCCUUAGUCUGCUGUAGCUAAAUUAGGUAUUACAUAAGUGAAACAAAUGUCUAUCGGAUUAAACUACUCAAAACUAGAAAGUUUAAGUAUAUGCAUGCUGUACGAAGCUAAGCUAGCAAAUACAAACAACAAAUAGUCGCAAAGAUUAGGAGAGGAUGACAAUUAAGGGUUGCUGAUAUUAGUAUCAACAUCACAUAUUUAGAUAUAUGUAUCAUAAAUAAAGUAGUCAACAGCCCAAAGUUCAUUUGUGUUUGUAUAAUCUCUUUCUGUCAAAUGUGCUGGAAUUCUACUUUUGGACUUAUUGUGAUCUAUGUAGUCGUCGUUCAACUGUUGAAUCUCUCCCAAUCAGACGUAAAUACAUAAGUCGAAAUUCCAACAUAAUUCCCAUUUCUUAUGUGUAUCAGAGUUUAAGUAGUUUUCAACCUUUUCAGCCCCUUAUUUUGCACCACCUCUCCUCGUCACCCUGUGUCAAUAUAGGAGAACAACUUGACAGAAUCAUAGAUUUUGAUUCCCUUUUGGAGUACUAGGGGAAUACUAGGGGAGUCUAUCAAGGAGGGUUUUAUUCAUGGCGUCAUUUGCGCCCACCACGCCCACUCAAAUGAACGCCACUCACGCCCUUUAAAAAGACCUAAUUUUUGCUCAUUAAAAUCUCCACCAAAAAUACAAUUUAGAUAGGCUUUUCGUAAUUUUAGCGUUUAUUUGAUUCUAGAUAGUUACUUUAUUAUAUCAAAACUAAACUUUUUUGAAAUUUUGAUUUUUUUCGAAGACAUGCCUGAAAUGGGUCAAGAAAUUUUAGAAAAUACUGAAAAAAUUUUUAAAAAUUGGGCUUGAUAUUAUUUAUGAUAAAGUAACUAUCCAGGAUUACGAAAGUGCGAAAAUUAUGAAAAUCCAAUCAAAAAAAGAUUUCUUGUGGAUUAUUUAGCGCAACCAGCUUAGCGUGGGGUUCCUUUUUGAAGGGGUGUGACGGUCCAAAUGGGACCAUUUAAUAAAAUCCUCCCUCACUUUUCGUGCACUCACCUAGUACUACUUACUAUAAUCCAAGGGGCAUGAAAACCUGUGAGUCUGUCAGUCACAAGUAGUCCUCCUAAGUCAAACAUCAUUCCUUGUCAACAAAGUCUCUUUGUUUUCACUUCAUCUCUUUUACAAAAGGUUAAAUAACUCUCGUCGUUGUCGUGUGUGCAUGGAGUGAUGAUGUGAACUAAUCAGUACUAUUUUAGCCGUGACAUUAUUCCUCAUCAUGCUUCCUGCUUCAAGUCAUGCAUAGCCAUAGGAGAGGACGAGGAGUGUGGGCGAAUUGGGGAGAAAGGAGAAGUGGCAGCAGAUUAGGUGAAGGACUCUGAAGAGCGAGGAAUGGAAUUAUUCGGUAUGAUUGUAAGAAUAAUGGCUCUUCUCCGAUGAUGAAGGCAGGUUGCAUAAAAGUGGGUAAACUCUCCUCAAGUAGUCGCAUAUUAGCUCAAGUAGGCGUAAUAAGCCAGGUUUAUGAUUAGACGCUUAAGUAGAGCAGAUGGCAUUUGUUGUGCGUAUACCUGUUGCUACUUGUAUAUUUACUCCUCAGUCAAGUCAGUUUGUUGCUGGGGUUUCCUUUCUCUUCCGACCCUCCACGCCUACCUAACUGCACCUACUUUCUCUUUCCCCAUUAGCAUCCUCCUGUCCCAAGCCUGUCUCCUGCACCUCCUUCACUUGUCAACGUCUCACCCAACAAUACAACGUCUCACUCAACAUCCACUUGAAUUAGGUUUGUUCAAGUUCCUGUGCAUAUUAGUAUCAAAGCGCAGGCUGUAUGUUCCGUAUCAAUGUCCUCCUAUUUAUGAUACACUGCAGUAGACUGUAGAGAUAUUUAUCAGUGUGUAGCAUGUAAUUAAUAAGAAUUCACGACUCUCUAUCUAUCAACUCGGUAAUCAAUGUCCAUUUUUAGUUGGCCUUUGGUUUUGGCGCGAUAGGAUGAGCUUUAAUUGUUGUUUAACACGAAUUUGAAAUUAAGUAGAAUACUUGUAAAGGAACUUGAAAAUGUGCAGGCAACUGUGCGUGACACAAAAUCCCUGUCUUCUCUGUAGCUUUAAUUUCAGUUUGACAGGGAAUACUUCUUCUUUGUCAUUCAGGAACACAACUUAAUUAAGGCCAAAUUGUGAUAAAUAUGUAGUUUUACUAUGUGUAAUCUUGAUGAUAAAAUUAUUAACUGCUUUGAUUAUUAGCAUAAAGGUGAUACUUUGGUGCUAACUUGUACAUAGUAUGAAUUAAGAUACUUAAUGCCACUGCAUGUAUUUAAAAUGGUAGUAAUCAGAGUAGUUAAAUAUUAAAAGAGGUAUUUUGCGUGUGUCCGUGUGUAUACGCAUACAUAUGUAAAUUAUAUUGUUAGCGAUUAGAUGAAUAAAAUUAACUUACAAGCUGCUUGCAUUA